AUGGCAAACCUCAAUUUUCCAGAUGACGGACCAGAUUUCCUGACUGACGAUACACUCCAUGAAGCCUAUGAGCUCGAGAUUCAAUCAGAGGAGGGUAAGAAAGUUCGAUUUGGAGAACUCGUAGCAGGGAAAGGGGAUUCGAUAACAACGAUUGUCAUUUUUAUACGUCACUUCUUCUGCGUCUACGACCAAGACUACGUCCGAACCGUAGCCGCACAAAUGACCAAAUCAUUACUCGAUACAGUACCUGCCAGUGCCAGACCAGCUCAGGUCAUACUUCUCGGCUGUGGCGAUCAUAGCCUUAUAGGGUCCUAUAUGGAAGAGACAUCGGACGAAUUCCCAAUCUACACUGAUCCAUCAGGGAGGAUAUAUCAGAAACUACAGAUGAAAAGGGCAACGAGUGGAUUCACAGAGCCGCCACCAUAUACGGACUAUACUUUCCCCACUGCUCUUGUGGAAGGGUUGAAGCAGAUAUGGAAACGUGGAUGGGCGGGUCUUCGUGGGGGGAGUGUGGUUCAACAAGGUGCCACUGGCAUGUCACUCAAUCUCAUGGUGUCACAGAUCCGAUGCGAUAAGCGCACUCCGUGCUCCAACUGUCGUAGUUCUAGUAUUGCAUGCACAUCUACUGGCGAAGGCCAGAAGCCAUCAGAGCCCCGGCGCCGGGUUUUAAUUUCAAAUCAAUAUGAGAAAAAGAUCGAUUUGAUCGAGGAACGCUUGGCAAGCAUCGAAAGCAAUCUUCAACAGGUAGCCAAAAAUACAUCCCAUCUACAAGGAUUCACAGCACCGACCCCUCGUGGAUCUCAUUUCGCACCUUCGCCUCAGAGGUCAAAUCCUGCGCCGUCAUUCACUACGCAGACCCCUCCAAAACCGAAAGGCCCGUUGUAUCGAGCGAAUCCUACUCUCGAGCAGCACGAUUCCAGCUCUGGCUUUGAGGGCAGCUCAUCGCUGGCUGCUCAUGGGGCCUACGCGAGCGCGUUCCUUGAAUCUGCUGUGUCCACAAGCUCACAGCAGGUUUUAUCCAGUCCAAAGAUCAACGCAGCUCUCUCAUCGCUGAAGCAGCUUGUCGGGAUCCAGAACCAGCGACGAGGAACCGACUCCCUGGAGAGUCAACCUACUAAGAAUGCGAGGUUAGGUGUGAGACGCGACAUUCGUGAUUUGGAAAUGCCGCCUCUGCCAUUAGUACUAGACCUGCUGAGAAAGGUUCAAGAAUCACCCCCGUCCUGCUUCGGUGGCUAUGUCCCAUUCCUGAGCGUGAAAUAUUUCAUCGAAAAAUGCCGUGAAGUUUACUUCUGCAUAGAUGAUUACUCCGAGGCGUCAUUUGUUGUGACGAACUUCUGCCUCUACGGCGUUUUCUACGAAUACAGUGGCGUGGAAAAGGAUGCAUCUGUGCGGGAACAGUACGAGUACUACAUUGAGAUGUCUCGUGACAACCUAGAGACAGCGCUUGCAAAUUUGAACAUCCUGAUGCCUGCAAGCCAUGAAUCCAUCAUGGCGUUAACUGUCGGAGUUAGUCCCCCAUUUCCAGUCUUCCUUCUGGAUAUACCACGGCGUGGCUCCUUACUUACAAACAAAGGCUAUGCAUGCACUCGAGAUUUCCAAACCAUCGGUUGGCUGGACGCUGGCAUCAACAGCCAUGAAUAUGUGCCAAACACUCGGGUUCUAUUCUGGUCAGUUUACACACUUCUGAAUAUGAUGUCCCUGCGCCUAGGACGUGCCUCGCCCAUUCAAAUCUAUGAUAUCAGUCUACCAAAACCCAACCCAGAAAACGCAGAUAUUCCUUAUCCAUGGGCAGCCGUCUGCAUGUGGUGGACUAAAUCCGCAAUUAUUCAAGGUGAGGUUUACAAAUAUUUGUAUAGCCCAGCGGCCCUGCAAAAGCCAGAAAGUGAACGAGUCACAAAUGCACAUAGGUUAGCUGCUGAGAUGAAGUCGACGGUUAUGGAGCCGUUCGAGGAAUACAUGUCGUCCGAACUCAAUAUAUCCGAGGUCGAUCGCAUGUACCUCGCAACUGACAAGGUCAGCCGGCUUUCCGUCAUGACCUUGAUCUAUCGAGCAAUUCCAGCAUCAACAGACUCAGGCACCAUUGCCCCCUUCAUACCCGAAUGCAUUGAGACAGCCCGGGAAGCCUUGGAAGUCCACCGACAGUGCCUUGCAACAAUUAAAGAGACAGACGCUUUCAUGAAAAUAUCCUACAUGCACUGGGGCGUCCUCUUAUCCCCCUUCGUCCCCUUCAUCGUAAUAUUCUGCAACAUAAUAACAACUUCCAACGGCGACGACCUGUCCCUACUCGAAGAGUUCAUCGCCUCCCUCCAACCGCUAUGCGCCUUCUCCCAAUCCAUCGACCGACUGCACACCCUGUGCUCAGUGCUAGGCACCGUCGCCCGCCUGUACUUUGAAGCCAACACCCGGACCCAAACAGCCGAAGACCAAGACCAAAACCUCAUUGAGGUCGGUCAGGAAUUCGAUGUUUAUCUCAGUGCGCUUGGACUGGCUCCUACAAACCCUAUGAAUCCUGCGAACAGUGGUAAUUUCCAGAUGGGCAACUCACAGGGAUAUUUCCAGGCAGAUAAUCCUGCUAUGCAUCUUAGCCCGGCGGAAUUGUCACAGCACGUGGGUGGGUUCCCCGCGCAAAGCGAUCCAUCUCAAGUGCAGGGACAGGGCUUUGGGACUGCAGCGCAAUUGGGGAAUUGGUUCUGGGGGAACCAGUACAUGAUGGGACUUUUGGAGGAGGAUUUGUCGCAGUUUAAUCCGGGAUUGUAA